GUUUGUACUGCGCGGAUCUCCGGGCUUUUCUCUCUAUGCUUGUUUGAUUGUUUGUUGUUUGUUUGUUUGCGUUGAGCGGUAAACAUGCCGGGAGGCAGCAGUAGCCUGUUUUCCGGGUUCCGGGUUCUGGGCCUGUACUCGAACCACAUCCCGCACGCGCUCCGGUACCACCUGAAGCACCGGGAGUUCUACUUGGUAACGUCAGUGGGAAGGAGCUUCCACACGUUCAACGUGAGCCGGUUGGGGAUCGUUGCUGUCAGUAACAGCAUGUCAGAUGACAUCAGCUGCUUGGCAGCAGACAGGAUGUUGGUUUUUGCUGCCACCGGACGGACUGUCUGCGCCUUCGCCAGGAACAAAGAGGUGGUGAGGCAUUACCAUGGUCACCAACAGGAAGUGCGCCUACUGCUCCCACUAGGCGAUCAGCUCAUUUCUGCAGACAGCGGCGGUGAUGUCAUUGUGUGGGACGUCCAGGACGGAGACAUCUACCUGCGGCUGAACUUUGACCCGAACACCUUUGACGUCUCAGCCAUGAUGCACCCAAGCACCUACCUAAACAAGGUACUGCUGGGCAGCUCCCAGGGUGCACUGCAGCUGUGGAACAUUAAAACCAGUAAGCUGUUGUUCACGUUUCCUGGAUGGUUAGCGGGAGUCACCGCUCUGCAGCAGGCUCCUGCUGUGGAUGUGGUUGGUGUUGGCACGGCCACAGGACGCAUCAUCAUCCACAACAUCCGAUUGGACGAGACACUGAUGAGCUUCAAGCAAGACUGGGGACCAGUCAGCACGCUCGCUUUCAGGACAGACGGUCCACCCAUCGUGGCGUCCGGCAGUCCUCAAGGCCACAUUGCAUUCUGGGAUUUGGAACGCCGUCAGCUGGUAAACCAGCAGAGACACGCCCACAGAACAGCAGUUGCCGGGGCGACAUUCCUGCAUGGAGAGCCGCUAUUGGUCACCAAUGGAGCCGAUAACGCCAUCAAGGUGUGGAUAUUUGAUCAAGAAGGGGGCGGAGCUAGACUGCUGCGGUGUCGUCAAGGCCACAGUGCCCCUCCCACCACCAUUCGUCACCAUGGCAACGAUGGAAAGAACAUCCUGAGUGCAGGUCAGGACGGGACGCUGCAGUCCUUCUCCACCGUACACGAACGCUUCAACAAGAACCUGGGCCAUGGUUCCAUAAGUAAGAAGAAGGAGAAAAACAAGAAGAAGGGGCUUUCCUACAAGGAGCUGCGACUUCCUGCCAUCACGGCGUUCGCCUCAGCUGUCACUCGUCAGGCGGACUGGGAUGGUAUUGUGGCUUGUCAUCGGGGUCGCCUGUCGGUCACCACAUGGAACUACCAGCGGUGCACCAUGGGAGCUCAUCACCUGAAGCCCACAGGCACCAAAAGGGAUGCCAUCGCCACGGCUGUUGACAUCACUUCCUGUGGAAACUUCGCUGUGGUAGGCUCGUCUUGUGGCCGCGUGGACGUAUACAACCUGCAGUCUGGGCUGCACCGUGGUUGCUAUGGAGACAAUGAGAAAGCUCACAGCGGUGUGGUGCGAGGUGUCGCCACGGACACGCUGAACCAGCUGACCGUCACCUGCGGCUCUGAUUGGCUGUUGAAGUUUUGGCGCUUCAAGACGAAGAAACAAGAAGAAGAACUGAAGCUGACUGCGGCGCCGGCGAGCAUGAGGCUGCACAGAGACAGUGGGAUGGUUGCUGUGGCGCUAGACGACUUCACACUGGUUGUUGUCGACAUGGAAACCAGACGAGUUGUCAGGAAGUUUGCAGGUCACCAUGGCAACAUCACAGACAUGACCUUCAGCCCUGACGGCCGCUGGCUGGUUACUGUGGCGAUGGAUUGUACCAUCCGGACCUGGGACCUCCCGUCUGGAUGUCUGGUUGACUGUUUCCUGGUUGCCACGGCGCCGGUGGGCGUGUCCCUGUCACCGACUGGAGACUUCUUGGCGACGGCUCAUGUGGACAGCCUGGGCGUUUUCCUCUGGACCAAUAAGAGCCUGUGUGGGCCAGUGGGGCUCCGCCCUCUCACUGCUGAUUACCAACCAGCUGAGGAGGUGCUGCCUGGUGUCACUGCAGAGGAAGCAGAACAGGAAGCGACAUCAGAAGAGGUUGAUGAAUACCAGUCAGCUGAGCAGCUGGGGGCGGAGCUUGUGACCCUGUCGCUGCUGCCAGAGUCUCGAUGGAAAAGUUUGCUGUACCUGGACAAUAUCAAGAAGAGGAACAAACCUUUGGCCCCCCCUGCUGCCCCACCCACCGCUCCUUUCUUCCUGCCUACAGUUCCUGGUCUCACGCCUCGCUUUGAGUUGCCCCCGGCAACCAACACACAGUCCAAGGUGCUGGGCUGGGGGUCUCUGGCCCAGAGGUCAGAGUUCACUUCUGCCCUACUGUCAGCUCUGCAGUCCGGGUCCUUCGAUCAGCCGCUGCGCCUCCUGAAGGAUUGUGGGCCGGCAGCGCUCUCAGUGGAGUUCACCUGUCUGACAUCAGAGGGGGGUGGAGACGACAGCCUCUUGCUGGCCUUCAUUCAAAUGAUUGACAGCAUGCUGGCCAGUGGACGGGACUUCAACCUGGCUCAUGCUUACCUGGCACUCUUCCUGCAGCUCCAUCUGCAGACGCUGUCACAGGAUGCUGUUGUCAUGGCAGCAUUGCUCCGCCUCUCAUCCAGGCUUGAGGCAGGGUGGGCGGAUCUUCAAGCAUCUUUCAACCAAUCCUUGUGUUUGCUGUCUUACAUGAAAAGUGCACUGCUGUGACACGCGCGCGCGCGCACACACACACACACACACA